UGACAUGGCAUUUCGAUGCUGUCGUGCAAUCAUUUCCCGUCUUGCUUCAAAUCUCCCUCCUUCUCUUUGGGAUCGCCCUCGGAGCCCACAUAUGGAGCGAGCAGCCCAGCGUCGCCUGGGUGAUAAUUGCCACAACGAUUUUCGGAUUUCUGUUCUAUUCGCUGACAGUGAUGGCAUCUUUGAUAUCUCCGGCUUGUCCAUUCCAGACGCCAGGUGUGCUGCAACAAUUGCUUGGUGUCGUCAGAUCGAGAUGGACCCGAUUAUCUGAAGUACUUGCAGGCCCUAUGCGUGGUACUGGCGCAUUCGCACGACGCUCUUUUUGGAUGUUAUUUGCUAUCCUUCACAAAGGGCUGCGUUCUUUGCUUCCGCACUCUUCGGUAAAGGUUGUGGACUCAGAAGCACCAUCGCUCGACCAGGAUCUAGAUGAUUUGGAGGAAAAUGAUGGCACCCUUACUCUCGGCCUCCCGGACAUAUCCACCAGCGAUCUCGAAGCGCCUAGCAUCAAGUGGCUACUGGAGACAUCUACGGACCCUGAAGUGUUUCUUGCCACUGCCAAGUUUGUUCCGCAGGUCGAAUGGCCCCUGGAUAUUGACACCUCGGACAUGCUGCCUCAGCUGUAUGAUAUUUUUACAAGUUGCGUCGACAUCCAGGAACACAUUGUACCGUCGUUGGAGGAGAAAGCCUGGGCAUGUGCAAUGGCUCUAAGCCAUCUAUACUAUGGACGUGUUCUUCAGGUAUAUCCUGGCCGUGGAGAAUUUCUUGGUCGCGAGAGAAGAGACUAUGGCACGUUUCUUGAUAUGUGGCUAAUUUUGGACAGGAUUCGUCCAGCCGACCUGACGAUGCUUGACACGACCAUUGAUCUUUGUUCAGAAGAUCCCCAUCCUUUUUUCUCAUGGUUGUCGCAUUCUCUUCCUUACCACUUUGUUGCUGGGCGAGUGAAUAAAGACACGGAAAACUUUGCGACAACGGUGAUAUCAAAAUUGCUAUCCUCUCCGUCAAAUCAAAUUGUAGCCAAUUGCACUCUUCUUGCUUGCGUCAUGGUCGGGGCUCAGGUCGACAAGAAAGACAUAGUUCGGAUUGAUAAAAGGUGUCAUCGACUCAUUUGGUAG